AGGACCCAGCAGGCGGCGGCAGGCGGCAGUUGUGUAGAUCGCUGAGAGACUACGAGGGUCCGGUUCAGUUUUAAUUCUGUCUCUAAUCUCUGCAACAGCGGCGCUUCCUGGGUCCCGCGGCUCCCCUGCUCAUUCAGCCGAGGCUGGCCGCCAGGCGAAAAUCAAAGCCGCCUCCGCCCCAUCACCCACAAUGGAAACCCUCCAAGAAAAAGUGGCCCCGGACGCGUGUGCCUAAGGAUUCCGCACAAAAGAAGUGCCCAAAAUGAAGACCCUGGUGCGCCAUGGUCUGGCAGUGUGUUUAGCGCUCACCACCAUGUGCACCAGCUUGUUGCUCGUGUACAGCAGCCUUGGAGGCCAGAAGGAGCGGCCCCCGCAGCAGCAGGCAGCGGCGACCCUCAGCUCGCGGCGCUCGGCGGAGAGCAGCCCCCCGCCGCGCCCGGAGACCCCCGCGGGACCGCGGCCGCUGGACGGAUACCUCGGCGUGGUGGACCACAAGCCCCUGAAAAUGCACUGCAGGGACUGCGCCCUGGUGACGAGCUCGGGGCAGCUGCUGCGCAGCCGGCAAGGUGCCCAGAUUGACCAGACGGAAUGUGUCAUCCGCAUGAACGACGCCCCCACGCGUGGCUACGGGCGCGACGUGGGCAACCGCACCAGCCUGCGGGUCAUCGCGCAUUCCAGCAUCCAGCGGAUCCUGCGCAACCGCCACGACCUGCUCAACGUCAGCCAGGGCACCGUCUUCAUCUUCUGGGGCCCCAGCAGCUACAUGCGUCGCGACGGCAAGGGCCAGGUCUACAACAACCUGCAGCUGCUGAGCCAGGUGCUGCCCCGGCUGAAGGCCUUCAUGAUCACGCGCCACAAGAUGCUGCAGUUCGACGAGCUCUUCAAGCGCGAGACCGGCAAAGACAGGAAGAUCUCCAACACUUGGCUUAGCACUGGCUGGUUCACAAUGACAAUAGCCCUGGAGCUCUGUGACAGGAUCAAUGUUUAUGGCAUGGUGCCCCCAGACUUCUGCAGGGAUCCCAACCACCUUUCAGUACCUUAUCACUAUUAUGAACCUUUUGGACCUGAUGAAUGUACAAUGUACCUGUCCCAUGAGCGAGGACGGAAGGGUAGUCAUCACCGCUUUAUCACAGAGAAACGAGUCUUUAAGAACUGGGCACGGACAUUCAAUAUUCACUUUUUUCAACCAGACUGGAAACCAGAAUCUCUUGCUUUAAGUCAUCCUGAGACUAAACCUGUGUUCUGAGGAAUGUGUGUGGCCAGACGGAAAUCCUAAGAACCCCACUGUAUCAACCACUGGGCCACUGAACUUCCUAAAACACCAGACACGAAAGAGGAACAGAACUGGUUACAGGAACAGCUUCCUCCUCAAGAGGUACCAUGUAUAGAUGCCUCUGAGGCAUGACUACAAGUAGUGCAGUUGGUCUAUAAGGGAAGAUUCCAGAAUUAAUACAUCCUAGUGAGUGUUGUCCCUUUCUAAAGGGGUUACCUUAGGAGCCAAAUGCGCAUUUCAGCGAUGCUGCCAUGGCAAAAAGUGUGUAGGAUCUUUUUAAGUAUUGCCUUCGAAACUGAGACAUAAACAACUCAGCAUUAGAUGUAUCCCUUUGUAGAAAUACCACCUCUAAAGUCAUUUUUCUAUCAAAUUGUAUCCUAACCUGAACUAUAACCUUUGUUAUCUGUUGGACUCUGUAUGUGUGAUUUAUAAAGAGCAGCCUUGAAAAUAUGGACAUGAUUUCUGAAGAGUACAUCUUCACUUUCAUAAGCAAAUGCCCAAUAUUUAUUUAUUGAGAGUUUUUUAGUGUGCGCUAGGCCAGUAUUUUUAUAGAUUAUGAUUAUGUGGUAAUUUAUCUGUCCUAAUUAUUUAAUCCGGAAUGAUAACUGGAAAAGGCCCAGAACUGGGAGAUGAACUACCGUGUUCAUAGUGCUCAUUGUUAGCAAGCAGUAUAUGACUUGGAAACAUUGCACUGCAUUUUUUGAACCCUUGGGCUUCGAAAGCAACUAUGAUAUUUUCCAACAUGCAGAAAUGCUCCAGAUGACAAUAUUGAAAACCAAAAACUGUGUUGUUCAAACAAAAAACAGGCCAACAACAGAAACUGAAAGACAGUUGGCUUGGGUAAUAAUUAAUGUAGGUCACUCCAUUUAAGCCCUAUUUUGCUCUUCUGCAAAGUGAUGUCACUGUACCCGAGGACAGUGACAUCACUUAAGUUUCAUGCCAGAUCUGAAAUUCUCCCAGUGAGCAUCUCGUUGGUCUACAUAAGGACUUUAUACUUGGAAUGAUGGGGCUCCUGCGGUCGCAGGAGCCUUAUUUUAGGGGGCCUUUUAUAUCUCCCUAGGGGCUUCCCUGGUGGCUGACAGUAAAGAAUCUGCCUUCAAUGCAGGAGACUCAGGUUCAAUCCCUGAGUUGGGAGGAUCCCCUGGAGAAGGAAAUGGCAAACCACUCCAGUAUUCUUCCUGGAGAAUUCCAUGGACAGAGGAGCCUGGUGGGCUACAGUUCAAGGGGUCACAAAGAGUCAGACACGACUGAGCGACUAACACUUUCACUUUCCCUACUACCUAGCUCCCCCUUGUGGUUUAAAAAUGCCUCCUCCCUGGACCCCAUAGGCAAAAAUCCAUUCCCUGAUUCUCUGGUGCUUUUUGCACCAAAAGAGUGGGAGAGAAUGUAUGUGUAUUGCAGCAGGCGAGGGGGGACUGCCGGGGGAGACUUUCAUCCUAUUCCCUGUGAGAGAGUGAGGCAGGAGGGAGAACUUUCAUGCUGUUCUCUGAAUACAACAAGGACCUACACCUCUGUGAAUCUGUGAGAAGAGAACCCAAGAUUUUUCCAUCACAUGACUCAUUUAUCCUAUGAACUAUUCAGAUUCACUCACUGCAAAUCUUAUAUUCACUGCCGUUCCCUGGUCUUCAGGAGUAUAAAGGACUUAUUUUAUUCAAAGCCAAGAUCAGCUAGUAUGGAAGAUUUCAAUUAUGCAAGUAAUAUUGUUCAAAAAUAGUCUUUUAAAAAAUAUAUCAAUGUUUUCUUUACUCAUGGCUUAGGAGGAAUUAAUUUCUCUAAUGCCAAAUUUGAAGGCACCAGCAAAUAUUAUGUAUGGAGACUGAUGUUGUUUUACAAAACAUGACCUGGUUUGUGAUUAAAGAAGGUUUCUCAAGUUA